ACGAGUUUUUGCUGAACAUUUCAGUUUCUUGCGAUAUUUUUCAUUGAAAAUCAGUUCUUGAUUCAAUUUCUGUCUCCAGAUAAACGUUGUUUAUAGGUAAUGGAAGUGUUCCCUCAGCGAAGCUAAUUAUUCCUCAGGUCAAAGAUCUGUUCUUCAUGAAGGUGUAGCAGAUACACAAUGGACAUGGAGCCCAGAUCAGGUGAUUCUGUCGGCCAGCUUGGAGCAAUUCUCCAAGGGGUGGCCCAGAACACUGAUAGUGACACCCAGUUGACUUGUGGAGUUGAUGUAUCGGCCAACUUGACAAAGACGAAAGCCGUUGUUGAUCCCCCUCCAGGCGGAUGUGGUGAAAAACUAGGAAAUGCUUCUGUUGUCACAGAGCCGCCGUUAGUUUCUUUCACUUCUAAUCCUGGUGAACCGAGUCCUGGCACUUCAUCAGAAUCCCCAAGAAAACAUGGAGAUGCGGUUCUUAGAAAGAGAUUAAAGAUGAUGCGGAAAGAUGGUGUAGGCCUCAGCAAUGAGGCCUGGGCCAGGCGGCUGGCGUAUUUGAAACAACCCGGGAUGUCCGCAAGAAAUCUGCCGCACAAUCAGCUACUUCAAGACCAGGAUGUUCCUGAUCUGACCGAAUCACUCACCAAAACGUUAGUCCAUGGCCACGACCGAAAGAGUGACACACACGGAAACGAAACACUCGAUAGCCUUGAGGAAAUCGAUGAGGAUGAUUUGGCUCUCUUCUUGCCGGAUGUCGCUAGCUCAUCAGAUUCUGAAACAGGCACGUUCCCGCACAAUUACGUUGACAUUAUCGGUGAUCAAUUUGAUCAUAUGGAAUCUCUAGACGCGAUUACGAACAUUGCUUCAUCAUGUACGACUGUUGUGGCCACUUGUGCAAGCGGUAGUGGAGCAGGUAAUGAGGAGAUAGCCAGGGCAUUUCAGCAGCAUGUAGGGACGCGUCAGAAACAGGCAAUGCUGCCGGACACUACCAACCAUGACUUGUUACCGCUGGAGUCUCUUGUUCAUAAAACCGGUGUCUCAGAAACAAUCACUCGGCCUGAUCAGCAGUCAGACCAGGUGCAAGGAGCUAAUGUCAAUCAUCCAACGAACAUGCCGCAAUUAGAGGAGUUGAGCUCACUGCCAUCACAAUCAUGUGAGACACAAUCCUCUGGGUCAGUGAUGAGCCCUGACAAUAACAAUCACUGUAUGAGUACCGCGUCAGGAUCACCGUGUUGUGACACCCUGGCGUACAGUCAGGCAGACUCGCACUGUUAUCUGGACACCGGUCCUGGCAGCUCAUGCCAUCAGCAGCACAACGAUCAUGAUUUACACAACUUGGAUAGUGUAUCAAACGUUUCUCCGGACAGUGGUAUCUUAUCAAUAUCAGAAUCUCCUGAGAGUCACGAGGCAGCAAGCCCAUGCAAUCCUAUCACCACCCAUCACCCAACACUUAGCCCUCAGUCUGUGUUCUUAGACAGUGUGUCUCCCCCUCGCCAUGCGGAUUACCUCCAGCCAGAGGCAGACAGUACAGACGAUCAUCCCGGUUACCACAGCGAUAUCAAUGAUGAACCUCCACCACUCAUUCCCAUGUUUGAUCAUAAUGUUCUCAUUGCCCCGGUACAACGACGUGGUCGAGGUCGACCACGGAAAAAUCUGCUCAUACCCGAAAAUGCCAUAAUCUCGCCAACAAAACUCGACCAUUCGUUUGACUCUACGAUAAGUGAGGAUCCUCCUGAUCUCAGUAGGGAACGCAUCAUUGAUCAUGGAGUACAGUUCAAGGAAAUCCGUAUUCAGACUCCGCCGAGUAAGCCAAAGAAAGUGACAAAACCUAGUUCAGAUUCUGGACCUAAGAAACGUGGCCCUGGACGGCCAAAAGGUUCAGGGGAGAAGUCACGGACUAAGAUAAAGGACUUGUUAUUGUUGAGUGCCAUAGAACGAGAGCAAGCGCUCGGGAAUAAAGGUGUUAAUGUUGUUUGUGAUUUGAAUCAGUUUACAAAAGCAAAGGGCCAGGGUAGGAAGAGGAAAUCAGAGACUGUGAAAGCUUUGUUUGCUAUGGCAGAAGAAGCCAAGAAAUCACAGAAAUUGACUGUGAAGAAGGUUGUGAGUUUAGAGAAAGGGUACGGAAUGACUGAGGAUAACUGUGAUGAAGACAAUCAGGUCAAGAAGAAGGUACGCAAACCGGUCUCUAGUAAGGUCCUGGCCAGUGGGUUGAAAGCUACUGAUACACGCAAAGGCAUCCCUGGCCCAAAGCCACAAAAACCAACUCUUCCCAAGGCUCCGAGGAAAUCUAUUAGUAUGAUUAUGGAUGAACUCAAAAGUGGAGCAUCAUUACCGGUAUUGGACCGUGUUGAUAUGAUCAAGUCAACUGAAAAUGUUAGCCCCAUUGUGAUACCGUCUUCAGAGGAUGAACUAAGUAAUGUGACAUAUGUGAAACAGAAAUACAAUGCAAAUGUUAUAGCCGAGAGUUACCGGGUUGUGUCGGGUAAAAGUUUUAUCAGCGAGACACACAGACUUAUAGAGCCGGUCUCUUGCAAGAGGAAGGUUAAGGACUUGAUCUCAGAUUUGAAGCCAAGUGAAAAUGUGACAGAAAAGUUAGCACAUUCCAAUGUGACUGUAGAUUCAUCUAAUCUCAAUGUGACAGAUAAGUUAUUAAGUGCCAAACAAAAGGAUACAAAAGUUCCAAAAAAUAAAAACAAAAAUAUAUCAUGGACAAAGUCUAGUACGCCCAAGUCAUCUCCUAAUGUGGAUAGUCCUGUGAAGAAGAAGCGUGGUCCUGGUCGGCCGCGCAAGUCUCCACUUCAACCACCGGGAAGAGUAAACAAGGUAGCAACACCAAGGGAAAAUAAGGCAGCUUCUUCUAGUGUUGAUAAGGCAGUGUUGCCCAAGAUGGAUAAGGUUCUUUCAGACACGGAUAUGGCAGUGCUACCAAAGGUCCGCAAGGUUGUGUCGUCACAUGUGGGCAGGGUGCCAUCUCCUAAAAAGGUACUGUCUCCUAAACUGUCUCCUAAAGAAUCAAAGCCGGUCUCUCCAAAAGAGCCUAAGGCAGUUUCGCCUCAAGUGACUAAGGUUGUGUCUCCUAAGGUGUCCAAGGUAACCUCUCCUAAAGUGACUAAGUUAGUUUCUCCUAAAGCCAGGUCCGAGGGACCACUCUCAGAUUCUAGCAGGCGAUCAGGGGAGGAUUUUGCUUCAUUAAUCCAGAGUGUGCAAGCUUCAAUUGAUUCCCAGUUCAAGGGUUAUAUCGAUGACUCUGAGGACAAUCAGGAUGAUAGUCCUGGCAAUAGUUUGGAUGAAAUCGAACCCUCUUCUUUAUCAUCCCCGCCAAAGACAAAACAACACCAACCACCAUCCAAACAGUCUAAACAACUAGCGCCUGGUGCGAAAACAAAACCCAAAGUUAAAAAGCCAAAAGUACAUGUGAUGAUGCGAAGAACUAAACGCCGACGGCGAAAGAAAAAGGUUGAGAAACCUGAUGUUUCCGAGUCGUUGUCUGUUGAGACUGAUCUCUGCAGUGCUGGCACUGUGGAGUAUGAGACGAGCCAGGACAAUGCUGUAGGGCUACUCAUGGUGGUGCCAUCCACGUCAAGUUCUUCUGUUGAAGCUACUUCUCCGAGUUCACCUUGCCCGGUUGUGCCAUCUGCUGGUUUGGGUGACAAGGAAGAGAAGGAAGAGGCUGUCAAGCCUACUGCUGAGGUGACUGUUGUGAAGGCGGCUGGUAAAGCUACCUUUGGGGCUGGCUCUCAGUUACGAGAGAAAACUGAGGAACUCAGUAAAACUCUGUUACCGUCUUCCAGUUCAACAGCACAGCCAGCACCAAAGUUGCAAUUGCUUCCACCCUGUGAAAAACCCCAUUCUAAAGUUGUGAAAAAGAAAAAGUUAAAGCCAUUCAAAUCGAAACAUAAGAAUAUAAUCGACCCAGUGUUCUUAGAGGAUGUCGAUGAAAUGUCUGAACAGUUGGAAAAGCUGGUGCUAGAUCUGAGACAUGAUAUGUCUGUUGCACGCAAUGUGAAACCCGGUGAAGACCCUAUGCCGGAUAUCUUCAGGAAACAAACAUACAUAGGACGCAAACGUAAGAAAGAAUGGCUGAGUAUUCAUAAACAACAGAAUAAGGAGUUACGCAAACUGCGUGAGGAAUUCCGUAAGGUCAAGGAUCGUGAUAAGAAAGUGGAGAAAGCAAAGGAGAAAUGUGCCGAACCUGAGGAGCCAGUAGCGCCCCCUUUUGGGGCGACUCUUGCAUUAGCUGUGGUCGAUAAACAGGGGAAGGGGAAGGGGAAGAAAAUUGAUGGUCGGAAGCGUAAACGUUCAGUUAGUGAAUCUGAGGUUGUUGUACAGAAACCAGUUGCACUUUCACCCAUUCUGGAACACAAUGAUCAUUGUUUGCCGUUGAAGAAGCGACACAAGUUAUUUACUGCUGCUUCUGAAGGACAAAAGAAGACUGACGAGUCACCGGUCAAGUCAUCCCCGACGCUUGCACCCCUGGUUCUACCACCAGCACCAACCUCAAUGCUAGUGGCUGCUCCUGUAAAACCUCCCAAGCGAAAAGUUGGUCGGCCAAGGAAGAACGUCCAAGUGGAAGACAAACCGAGAUCAGACUCGUGUGUUACGGCAGUAGCAGACAAGAUGGGUGUUGUCAAGGUGGUGACUGCUGAGAAGAAAACACCAGGCCGUCGUCCAAAGAAUGUGGAGAAACAGUUCACCGGUGAGAAAGCCAGCCCAGUGCAGUCUGUUGCCAAGCCUGUCCUUUCAGAGGCGAUUAGGUCUGUACCAAUGACAUAUCUACUGCCUAAACCCAAGCCUAGUCGGUCAUGCAGGAAGAAGGACGUGCCAGUGGAUAGUGAGCAGAAAGAUGGGACGAAUCAAGCUACCAAUACGGAUAAUGAUAAAACGGAGAACUCGUCAAGCGGAAAUGAUAAGACAUCGGCUUCUGAUCAAAGUGGUCCGAUCAAGAAGCGCAGUCCAGGCCGCCCGAGGAAGAACGUUGAUGCUGGAAAGAAAGGUUCUGGUGACGAUGACAAAAGUCCAGAACGACCGAAGAAGAUUGAAAAGAACACUGCUCCUUGUAUCAGCCCUGAGCGGCCAGAUAAAGACGAUCAGAAAAAGUUAGAUCCUCCGGUGUCUGAGAGUACGCAGGUUUCCGUGGCAGAUGAAGGUGUUCAGGCAGAUAGUACCGUGUCGGAAGGAACUCAGUCAGAGGUACCUGUCUGCGAGAGUAAGAGGUUAUGUACCUCUGCGACUCAAACGUGUGAUGAUGAUUUCAAAGUGUUGAUACCAACAAAGUAUCAGGUUGAGAAGGAUGUUCAGACGUGUACGUCUGCAUCGCAGACUCAGACACCACCUAUUGAUGACCUGGAGAAUUCACCAAUUGGUCCAAAAUUCCAGAAGGAAUUUGAACAAUUCAUCAGCCAAAGAUCCUCUGUGGAUAGUAGCAAAACGUCUGCUGAGAGUGUAAAUGAGGAAAAAUUGGAUAAACCUGAUAUCGACCAAGGUUGUGCAGAGACUCUAGUCACUUCGAAAGUUUCUGGUGUUAAUGGUGCUUCAGCUGACAGGGUGGAAUCAUCGACGGCUGAUCUCAAAACCUCCUCUUGCUCACCUCUCUCACUCUCACAUGAGAAACCAAUCGAAACGGACAGUGAUGUGGAAGUGAUAUCCUCGACAUCUGCUCACAAAAAGUCUAGUCUAAAGCGGUCUGGUGCAGGCAGACGUUGUGAUCCUAACAAUGUGGACCCUAUCCUGGAGAAAUAUUUGAAAAAGCCUGAUGUACCUGAAGUGCCCGCUGACAACAGUGGGUGUCAGGAUUGUUCAAAGCUUCAGGACAUACCACCACGAAAGAAAAAUAAGCAUAACCCAGUGGACACAAAGUUAAAAUCCAAUGCAGUGGUGUCUCUCAAUAAAGUGAAGUUCAGUGGAUUAUCGAAAGCAAAGGCUGGACGAAAGCACAAAGGGAAACCUGGCCGGAAACGUAAGAAGCAGGAACCACCAAUGCCUAGCCCUCCUGCUAAAAGAGGGCGAGGUAGGAAGCCAAAGCGUCGGCCAGGAAGACCUCCAAAGGUCAAACCAGCAGAACCCGUUCAUAAAAAGGUGUCAGAAUGUGCAGAUUCGUCGGAAUACUCCAGUGAAUCGGAUUAUGUUGAGGAGCAGCGCGUUGAUAGUAAAUCAUUGACGAGGGAAUACCAUCCGUUACCUGUACCACCACGGAAGCGUAAGCGAGUGAAGGACGUGGGAGAGAAGGUGGCCAAGAAAAAGAGAAGGAAGGAAGGUGAACCAGGCGAGGGAAAGGAACCGAGGAAGAAAUACCAAAAAGCCGGCCUCUUCUCUGAUCUCUACAAGGAAUCAAGUAGUGUGAAGAAAUCCAAGGCUGAGGAAGCCUCUAAAGAAGCUGCUAACCACAAACCCAAGACGUUGUACAACCCUGAGGACCACGAACAUGGCUUGCUGCCACUGCCCAUCCAUGUGGGCAAGUACAUGACUGAGAAGGAAGUCGACUUUCAGUUACCUUACGACAUCUGGUGGCUGCAUUCUAGAGGACAGCUCCAGAAGAAUAUCCGUCCAACCCCUCAUUACAAGAAGAUCAGAAACAACGUCUAUAUUGAUAUGAAGCCUGUCUGUCCGUAUGAAUCCAACCCAUGUAAUUGUAUCGCACCGACCGUCUACAAUAACCUGACUGUAGGGUGUGCAGAUGAGGACUGUCUAAACAGGAUGGUCUACACUGAAUGCAGCCCAUCGACGUGUGCAAGUAAAGAGAAAUGCUCCAACAUGAGGCUACAGAAACACGAGUGGGCACCAGGACUCCAUCUCUUCUAUACGGGUGAUCGAGGAUAUGGGGUCAAGUGCAAAUAUGCCAUCACUGCAGGCAAUUUCAUCAUAGAGUAUGUUGGUGAAGUUGUGAGUGAGCAGGAGUUCAAGACGCGGAUGACCCAGAUGUAUAACAAUGAGCCGCAUCACUACUGUCUGAAUCUGGACGGUGGUACCGUCAUCGAUGGCUACAGGAUGGGCAGUCUGUGUCGCUUUGUCAACCACUCAUGCGAACCCAACUGUGAAAUGCAGAAAUGGAAUGUGAAUGGUGUUUACCGUGUUGGUCUGUUUGCACUCCGCGACAUCAAACCCAAUGAAGAACUCUCCUAUGACUACAACUUUGACAACUACAACUUAGAACAGCAACAAGAAUGCAAGUGUGGCAGCGCCAACUGUCGUGGGACCAUAGGUGGACGUGCUCAGCGCAUGAACAGCAUAGCAAGGGAUAAAAACCCAGUGGGGCGACCUCCAAACGAUAAACGCAAAUCAAAGUCUAAACUCAAGAAGCGUAAAGAGAGUGAACAGGCGACUGAACGCUCACAGUACCUUCAACCGAUGAGGCCAAUGUCGCACCGGGAGAGAUGUUUCAUCUUGAGACAUAACAUCGGCUUGCUGCGGAAUCUGGAGAAGGUUCGUCGGAUACGACAGCGGAUGAUGAAGUCGACCGAUGACAAGAAGGUGGAGGUGGAACAGCCCAAGGAGAAGUCAAUCAAUCACAAGGACGUGUUCAUGUCUCAGUUUAUGGCCCUCAAGACACCCAGGCAUAUCAAGACAAGGAGACUGAAGCUAGGUGAGGAAGACUCUGGUGUGACGAGAACUGCCAAACUUGCCCAGGUGUUGACCGACAUCUUCUCUGCUGUGGCUGAUUGUAAAGAUGAGGAUGGUAACAAUAUCGCUGCACAUCUCAUGACUUUGCCUCCGAAGAAAAGCCAUCCUGCUUACUAUCAAGUCAUCAAGAAGCUCAUCACACUCACCUCCAUCGAAGAUAAAAUCCUAAGUGGAGAAUUCUCAACGCCGGAUCCAUUUGACGAAGAGAUGUUGACACUAUUCAAGAACGUGGAGGUUUACUGUGGCAAGAAGUCUGAGAUGGGCCUGAAAGUGAAACAUCUCCGCAAAGUGUUCUACCAGGCGCGGUCCGAGGCGAACCCCCGCAUUGAUGAGAUCAUGGGCACAGGAUCACUCUACUCAGCCAACUCUGAAGUGGAGCCAUCUGAAGCUGAUUCGGAGUCGCGCCACCCUGAAGAUGAUGAGGACGAGGAGAUCAUCCGCUGCAUCUGUGGUAUCUACAAGGAUGAGGGCUUGAUGAUACAGUGCGAGAAGUGCAUGGUGUGGCAGCACUGUGACUGCAUGCGGGUGAGCGGAGAUGAGGAGAACUAUCUCUGUGAAGAUUGUGACCCUCGGCCGGUCGACAAGGAGGUUCCCUUCACUGAGUGCGACUCCUCCACCCCUCCUGAACAGACCCAGUACAUGACGUUAUUCCGUGAUGAGUUGUUGGUGCGCUUGGGAAAUUGUGUCUACAUCACGCGGCAGACGUCUGUAGGAGAGGAGCCACCCGUAAGGCCCUCGUACCAGUCUGUGGAGGACCCCAACAGAGAUCAUCUGGAUAUAUUCCGGGUUGAACGCCUGUGGGUAGAUGAAAAGAAUGAGAAGUUUGCCUACGGCCAUGUCUAUCUCCGGCCUCAAGAAACAUUCCAUGAACCGUCAAGGAAGUUCUUUCCAAAUGAAGUGUUCAGGGUGCCGAUGUAUGAUGUCAUCCCCCUCAAUGCGAUCUUUGGUGCCUGCCACGUGUUGGACUUGAACACUUACUGUAAGGGUCGCCCCAAGGGCGUUAUAAAGGAAGAGGACGUCUACAUCUGUGAAUACCGCCUGGACAAGACUGCUCAUGUUUUCUACAAGAUCUCACGCUCCAAGUACCCGACCAACAUUAAGUCUUACUGCUUUGACUCAUUUGAGAAGAAGCUGCAGCCAAAAAGGACUUUCUCACCACACACCGUCCCUGAUAGCUACAAGCGUAAAGGAUCCUACUCCGACACGAUGUCCACCACAUCUGGUGAUAUCUUCCCGUUCCAAAUGGCAGCAGCUGAUGGAGACAAUGAUACUGCUUUCAUCGACGAUGCUGGGCAGAAGAAACCGAAGAAAAGGAAGGACCCUGACACGGACUCUGAUGAGGAUCUCCCUCUGGCCAGGGUGAGAGACAAGAAACGCCAGGAGAGGAAAGAUCGCCUCAAUAUCAUCCUGACGAAGCUUCUCGCCAACGUGCCGGGUAAACAGCCAGUCGACCUGACCUAUUUACUUGAAGGAGGACGUGGUAAACGAGCGCGUAAGAAGUCUCACCCGCUCUCGCCAUGACGGUGCUGCGCCCUCUGCUGUGGAUGGAAAUGAACGCUAUAAUCGAGGAGCCAUACGAUCUGAUCAUUCUGGAGACAAGUGCUUGUGUUCAGAAUGUUUGGAUAGAAUACCAUUUAUUGUGAUAAGUUGAUUAGUUUUGACACGAGUAUGAGGAAUAAGGAAGUUUGCAGCCGACACUGGUAUUCAUGUUCACAUUAUGGAUUAUGCAUUUUAUCAUCAGGAUAUUCAAUAUUGGCUGGAGGAUAUCACGUGUUUGAACAGUUGAAAGGUUCAGUGAGGCAAAGAUGAUGAGCCAACACACAGGUUUGUAAAACAGCUUUGCAAACUUCCUUGAUCCUCGACUCAAAUAUGACACUGAAAUGAUGUAAUAAAAGAAAGGUACACAAUUAAGUCUUGUAAAGAAUGAAACGAGGGAUAAUUACGACGUCCAGUUUUUAAUACUUGAUAAAAUCAAUCAAGAAAUGCAUUGAAAUCAGUCAAGAGUCACUCUAAGUCUUGUUUCAGUGAGUAUAAAGGCAAACGUCACAUUACCAACAAAAACGUUCAAUUUCAUGAGUCAGAUUUCUGGUUCUUAAAACAAUUAACAAAUAUUUGUGCCUCAUUUCAUCCUUUCUGAUUCCACGAAUGUCUGAAGGAAGCAAGACUAAUCUGAUUUGAGUCUUCCCAAAUUGUAUGUAAACAUUGAUAUGUAAUGUUUGUCCUUGACAAGAAGUGGGCCUUGUUGGUAGAGCAUCAGACGUACAGGGUGUCACCUCAUGUGGCGUCUGCUCUCAUGCUAUAUCAACAAAACCUAUUGAUUUUGCAAGUGAGUUCUGCAAGGUGAAAGUAUAACUUGGUAUGAACGUUAUCAGCCAAGAUGGCUCCUUUAUUAAGAAUGAGUAUAAAAGUGUCUUGGCAGAGAGCAGUGCAACAAUCUUUCAUAGUCAGCAACUUGAACAUUCAACAUCCGACAUUUUUGGCUCGUUUUAUCAAAUUGUAAAAUCUGAUUUUGAAUACUGCAGUGGAUCUUGUUCACCAACUAACAUCCCAGAUCUGCUUUGCCCAAUACACGCUGAUUAACAAGUUGAACCAACAUAUCUGUACGGAAUGUUAGUGCGAUUGUUGCAUUGUCGUCUGCCACCGAGAGACUUAGAGUAGUACCAUCCACAGAAGAGGGCAGCACCUGUUCGCCAAGACUUCCCUACAAUCUCUGCAUGUUAUUCAACUAUCCCAACGCUAUUUAAGUUUUAUUAUAAAACCUCAAAGAUGUACUUGCUUGGCUCUUAGAAGAUCAAGACUAGAUUGCUUCAGCUCGCCUUGUUACUGUUUUGGUAUAUAUGAGUCUUGGCAACAGUUUCAUAGUUCCAUUUCAAGUUUCCUGGUUUGCCUCUUACGAUGGUUCACACCCAGUGUAUACCAGCAGCAGGCAAACAUGAGAUGAAACUAUUGCAUCUUUAACACAUUCCAUCAUACAUAUACCUUGUUGGCCUUUUUGCUUGCGCUCUCUGCUUUAUACUUCAUAUUUGAAAACCAAUUGUGGUUCCACCAAAAUGCUUAUUACACCGAUUGAGCAUGUCACAUGACUCUGAUUGCAUCUUCAGCUGUUACAUUUGCCUGGAGAGGUUGUACUUGGUCGAUUUCUCCUGCACUAUCAAAGGGAAUGACCAGUAUGACUGUUGCAUUUAUUAAACUUUGUAUGACUAGUUAGGUGGGGUGAACUAUCCAUUUUAUACUAACUGAUGAAUGACAUAUACUUCAAUCCUCUACAAGACGGUCGAUUCGGUCAAUUUUCAUAGGCCUGGCAUGCAAUGAGAUUUUAAUAAUCAUAUUUAAAGGCAGCAAGCUUAGACUUUGUCUCACUUCAUGUCAGAUUUAUAUUUAGUGUGUGUGAAAUGACUUUCGUCCCACUAUGUUUGACAGCUGUUGUGGUCAUAAGUUCAGGGUUUAUUUGAACUCGAAGAUGUAAGACCAGUUGGUGAAUAUUCUGAUCCUUUCAUCAGCAAAACUACAACCACACCAAUGACCAUUAAAUACUUGGGCAUUUUUUCCACAUCAAAACCAUUUCUUAGUUGAUCAUGCUCACAUCUCUCUUCAACUCACCUGAAGGUCAAACUUUUCUGCCCCUUCGUCCCAUCACAGCAUAUCAAAUAUGUUCACCCCGGUAUACCUCGAUAUAUAGGUUACAGCGUUUAUGAUCAUUAUGACAUUGUAAUUGAAUUGGCAUUGAAGACUUUUCCCCUUAUUUGCAUGGUCACUUUUAACCCCUCUGACCGUUUGGUGCUACUAUAUUGGAGACAUGUCACCCAGCCACCCAAACCUGUUCUCCUCUAUAAAUGAAUCGGCCAGUAUGUAAUAUUCAUGAUCCCAGUGUGUGGUCAUACAACCAGUGCUAGAAGUUAGUCCACAUAUUCAUAUGAGUUCCAGGUUUGCAGUCAAAUUCAGAAACUUCCUACCGGUAGUUGUUACGUGGGGACAACAAUUGCUAUUUCACUGAAUGCAUCGGAACUCAUUUGUGGGAUAGCUUUGCAGAGAAUUCAUAUUUCAUGAGCCCGUAAUAUAAUGUAAGCAGUAGACUGUUGUCAAAGUACAUGUAUGUUAGGUUAGUUUUCUUGACAAUCUUUCUGUAUAAAGUAAAAUAAUGAUUUGUUUUUUGUGUGAAUUGAGGCUAAAACCGGUGAAGCUUGUAUCUAACUAAGAACCCCAAGUUAUGUGUAAACUGAGAGUUCUCCUCCAUGCAUGUAGAGUCCUUCCUGAGUUGACUUGAUUCUCAUUGAUUCCGUGGAAAAGAAGAGGCCCAUGUUUUGUGUCAAUAACCUGUAUGAUUCACAUUAAAUAUGCAAACCUGCUCCUCAAAAUGCUCUAAACUCAUGUCAUUGCUUCAUAACUUCGCCUCGGGUCUAUGGUAAGAAUAAGUCCUUUUGAUAUAAUCAUCCAAUAAACCUCUGUCGUUUCAAUCUUUCCAAGAUGAGGAUCACAGUUUUAUGUGUUAUUAUGGUGCUGGUCUCCUCUCCACCUCCUUUAUUGGAUCACAAAGAGGUUUUUACACAAAAUAGAGGAAUUUGAUUUUUGCUUCUUUGUCACAAAGUAAACUUGCAUACUAACAAAAUGUAUUGAUGACAAAAUUCACAUUAUUUCUUGCAAAUGAGGAAUUCAAUUAUAAUUUGUUUUAUAUAUUAACUUUAUUAGAAGUUUCUUUACUAAACCAAGGAGAUUAGACUAGGGCUCAUCUCACUGGUUUCGUGACUACAGGUAUCAUCAUAACUCAACAUGCAUGUUAACUUAUAUUUGAUUUUCCGUUCAGCACUCGUUGUUAGUAAUACAUUCAAUGUACAUCGUCUAGCUACUGUGCAGUGCAUUGGGCCAUGGAUGUGACGUCGUUAUGCAGGUAGUGAUGUGUAUGCCAUUUGAAUCCCAAUCAUGCCAAGAAAUUAACAUUUAUUUUCAUAUGAACUGUUAUAAAGAUAAUUUGUGUAUAAUGUGUACAUGUGUGUAUAUAUUGUAACUCCAUUUGACCAGUACAUGACACACUGAGUGUUGAAAUGGUCAUGUAUAUUUCACAGAUGAUAAUGCCAUAUUUGAAGAGUAUGAAAUACUCACUGUACAUGUACUUCACUUUGUAAAUAAUGCAUGCUGUAAAUACAACUUUAACAUCCAAGCUCCUGGUUGGACUGUGCAUGAUCACUUGUUUAUCAAAAGUACUUUCAUUCUUUCUACCUAUCAAUUUUUUGCAUAAAAUCUUUAAAAAAUUAGUAUAUCGCAUCCUGGAACAUUUCUCUGGCAUAAUUUUGAUAGACCUGCUCCCAACACGAAUCAAAGAAAUGUUCAUAAUUUAGCAUUGAUUUCUUCUUAUUGAACCAUGUCAUACCACAUGAGUCUAUUGUUAUCCGUGUGGUUGUUUGCGAGUCCUGCACAGUCCAGUCAGACUU